CUGCACCUGCUUGAGCACAAACCGACUUGGCCAUGGGAGUGCAGACGCUGAAGCACCGACGAGAGGCAGCCGGGAGGCGCGUGAUUCCAGCUGGCCACUCCAAACGGACUUUGGCUGUGCUGCGGCGCCAUGGAGUGAUGAGGCCAAGCGAUCGACAACUGCGGCAAUGUGAGUUGUGUCAGAAACAACGACGAAUUGGUCGAUGGUGGUGGCCACCGAGACAGCUUGUACAAGCUGGAGCAGCAAGUUCUGAUGCUGGCAUUGCAGGCUCAGCUGCCUUGCAGGCUGCUCCUCCAGGCGUCAAGGGAUAUUGGAAAUAUUGCUUGUGGUGCUGCCGGCCUUGUUGGGACAAUUGGUUAGUCCAAUACAAGCAAUGGUUUCAUGAUGACAACUGGAGCCCGGCCAAGCUCAAUUCUGGUGUGUCAGAGGAGUCUUUGUCAUCAAGCUCCUCCAGAGGUGAAAAGCGGAAGAGCUCUCAAAGUGUCCCCAAGACAGGGGAGGUCUUCCACUAUGACUUUAUUGAGAUUGGAACGUCCAACUACCACACGUUUACGCAGGCCGCUGGAUCACAUCCAAGCUACAAACCAUGUGCUUACAGGUAUCUUCCAAAAGGAGACCUGUCGCAGCUGCGUGGCCUUGCGGUCGACAUGAAAAGAAGGUACCUUCAGCAGCUCCCUGACCUCCCUAAUGUUACGAAAGUUAAAGCAGCCAUAUCAGAUCGUGAAAUUGUGCUGCCCAUGCAUCAUGUCAAACUCGCAGACAUCGAGCACUGGGAGCGGAUUUUCGCAACUCAAGGGAACUAUAGAGGCUUCCGGCUGAUACGCCUUGCACGAGGCUGCAGCGCACUGGGCCGGCACAAGGUAUUGUCACAUGCCCUCGGACUUCUGGGACUGCGGCAUCUUAUCCGAGUAAGGUCAAUGAAAACAAAGACAGUGGAGUGGCUUUUUCGCCAACAUCAGGUUGGCACUGUGGGCGUGCUGGCGUUGGAUUGUGAAGGCCAUGACUGUGCCAUCGUGAAAGGUCUCAUUGAUGCCUGUAAGCAGCGGAGAGAGUGGUAUCCAAAAUGGAUAUUGUUCGAAACCAACGGCAUGAACGAUGAGUACUUUGGAAAGGGAACUGAGAGAUCCACGGUGGAUGCGCUUCUAGCAGAGGGCUAUGAGCUAUUUUGGGGAGGAGGAUAUCACGACAGUAUCUUGGCGGCGCAAAAGUGGAUUUGAUGUUUGCUUUUUUGUCAGUGUGAGAGAACGAUUCUUCGUCUUGCAGCUGGCAAGCGGGACACCGUCCUCAAGCGCACAUGGUGAGCCGGUGGGUCAAAUCCGCAUUGCAUUUCAGUGGGAAGCAGGUGAGACCAUUUCUGAGCGCAAGCGCAACUAGGCUUGUGGACUUGUGGAGUUGUGCGCAACCG